UUUGCUGUGAAUUUCGAUAUUAUAAUCAUUUCUGUAAUUUCAGACAUUUGGAGAGAUGUUUGAUAAAGACUGAGAAUGGCAGAGUUGGAGACAUCAGAACUGACGUGUUAUUGUAAUGCUGUGUGUAUUGAAGAUGAUUCUCCCUAUCUCAAGUGUCAAGUUUGUGAGAAGAGGUUUCACAUUGAGUGUUUAAAGUCUGGUACCCCUUCCUCUAUGGUUGGCGAUGUUUUCUUCAAUCUGACAUGCUCCAGUUGUGCAGAAGAUGGUCAAGAAGAAGUAAAGAGAAUGAAAAUGCAGUGGACACAGGUAGUGUACCUGGCCCUAUACAAUCUCCAGACCCUGGGACAGUCUGGGAAGUGUGGCUACUAUAGGUGGAAAGAACACAUCUGUGCCUACAUAGACAGACACUGGAAUGCUUUGUUUGGGUCACAUAGGAAGAAGACCACCCUGUGGCAUGGGACUGUAGCGGGAACAUUAUCCUCUGGAUGUCCCCAUCACUUUACGUCCGGUGCUAAUGAACUUGGGGAGACAGGCUGGUGGAGGCUAACUACAAUGAAGCCUCCCUAUGUCAAGAAAGUGAGCACCACCUCUGUGUCCACCCCAAAGUCCAACAGACGGAGAGGACCAGUGCUGGACACCACAGUGAAGGUAGAGGGUCUGAGGAGCCGUAGGGGGAAAACGUCCAUAGAGUCUGCCAUGGAGCUCAAGGCAAAGAGGGAAACUCUGCUGGUGAGUAAAUAUAGCU